GGCAGUUUUUGGGUUAACAAAUAACCAAUGGGCUAAAAAUAGCGUAGAGACUUCAGCAUGUCACUGAACGGGGAGGAGCCCGCGGCCUCACGUGGGCUCCAAAAAUGUAAUAACAUAGGAAGCACGCACUUCCCUAUUCUAAACGGCCAGACCAAUCGAGCGCGCAGCCGUGGAUUUUUAACGGUUGACCUGCCAGCGGUUUCUCUGCGUUCGGCUUCUUCUGCCUUGAGAGUCUGUUCUCCGAGCGCUGGAGGUUCCAUUUUUUUUUCUUUAUCAGUAAACUCUCCCUGAGGAGGGAUGGGGGCCGCGAGGGGUCAGAAAGGUGUGCUUGAGCCGUGCGCGGAGCACUGACAGAAGUGAAAGAGAGCACAAGCCGGAGACUAGCGGGAAGUGCCGAAUGUGGGAGCCUGCCCCCCGACUCGCUGUGACAGGAGCCCCUCCCCUGCCCCGCAUGCACUGACGAGGACACCCCUUCGCAUCCUGCCAGCACUUUCUUCUCGAGGAGUCGGCGCUCCCCCCUCACCAACUCACUUUGACAGGUGUCGUCUCCCUCCGCGCACUUUUCCUGUGACAGGACCCUCGCCUUCCAGCAGGAGUUUCUCUCGGAGUUGCGCCCAUUGUGCGCUUUUAGUCACGGGAGUGCCUACAGUUUGUCUCUGAGAAGGAACUUUCUGUGUAGUAAAAAGAGGAAAAAAAGUUAAAUGCAGGAAGUUGUCUGAAGUGGGGGAAACGGAGCAUCAAAGCGAAGUAGUAGUGAAACUGCAGGCUGACCUCUCGCUGCAGCUCUGGAGAGGCUAGAGGGAAGACCCUGCAGCUGCUUCAGGCCAGAAAUAAAAGGAACAUGAAGUGAGGUGUGGCUGCGCUGGAUCCAUAGCACUUCCUUUCUUCUACGUAUGAUGUUCAUAUGGUCACUGGAGAAUAGAAGACAUUUUGUUUCCAUGCUUUGUGCUGCACAUAUUUCAGGUACUGGCCUUCAAGCCAGAUGUACAUUCUGUGUAGCAUGAUCCGAAUCAGGGGCUGAGAGCAUGAGUGACGUUGCAAUCCCAUCCAAGAUGAAGAAGGGGUUGCUGAAGGAUCCGGACAUAGCGGACCUCUUUUGCAAAGAUGAUCCAGAGACAUUAUUUGUAGACCUGCAUGAGAUUGGACAUGGCAGCUUUGGAGCAGUUUACUUUGCUACAAAUUCCACAACUAAUGAAGUGGUGGCUGUUAAGAAGAUGUCCUACAGUGGAAAGCAGAUGAAUGAGAAAUGGCAGGACAUACUCAAGGAGGUCAGGUUUCUACAGCAGCUGAAACACCCGAACACAAUAGAGUACAAAGGGUGCUACUUAAAAGAUCAUACAGCAUGGCUGAUAAUGGAAUACUGCCUAGGAUCUGCAUCAGAUUUGCUAGAGGUUCACAAGAAGCCACUUCAGGAAGUGGAGAUAGCUGCCAUUACUCAUGGUGCCUUGCAGGGGCUGGACUACCUGCAUUCACGCAACAUGAUUCACAGGGAUAUUAAAGCUGGAAAUAUCCUGCUUACUGAGCCCGGUCAGGUAAAAUUAGCAGAUUUUGGUUCUGCAUCUAUAGCAUCACCUGCCAACUCCUUCGUGGGAACCCCAUAUUGGAUGGCCCCAGAAGUUAUUUUAGCAAUGGACGAGGGGCAGUAUGAAGGCAAGAUUGAUAUUUGGUCUCUUGGUAUCACUUGCAUUGAAUUAGCUGAAAGGAAGCCUCCGCUGUUUAAUAUGAACGCAAUGAGUGCCUUAUAUCACAUAGCCCAGAAUGAGUCCCCAACACUACAGUCAAAUGAAUGGUCAGGAUCAUUCAGGGGAUUUGUGGACUACUGCUUGCAGAAAAUACCUCAGGAACGGCCAACAUCAGCGGAGUUGCUGCGGCAUGACUUUGUGCGCAGAGAGAGGCCAGGCCGAGUGCUUAUAGAUCUGAUCCAGAGGACGAAGGAUGCCGUGAGGGAGCUGGACAAUUUACAGUACAGGAAAAUGAAAAAAAUCCUCUUCCAGGAAUCCCGAAAUGGUCCACUGAAUGAGUCUCAGGAAGAUGACGAGGACAACGAACACGUGACAAACUUGACCAGGAAGAUGGACAGCCUCGGCAGCAACCAUUCCAUACCAAGUAUGUCAGUCAGUACGGGUAGCCAGAGCAGCAGUGUGAAUAGCAUGCAAGAAGUCAUAGACGACAUGAGCCCAGACCUGAGCUUGAUGCAAAGUUACAGCUGCACGUUUGAUUCCACUUCUUCCUUGGUUCCCAAAAAGGAUCAUGCAUUCAUAAGGGAUGAGGCGGACCACAGGGAUCCCAGGCCUGAGCUGCGGCCUACCCCGUCAGUGCAAAGUCAGGCACUUCAUUACCGGACCCGCGAGCGAUUCGCUACAAUCAAAUCAGCAUCUUUGGUUACAAGGCAGAUCCAUGAGCAUGAGCAGGAGAACGAGUUGCGGGAACAGAUGUCAGGAUAUAAGCGGAUGCGGCGCCAGCACCAGAAGCAGCUGAUCGCCCUGGAGAAUAAGCUGAAGGCUGAGAUGGACGAGCACCGCCUUAAGCUGCAGAAGGAGGUGGAGACUCAUGCCAACAACGCGUCCAUCGAGCUGGAAAAGCUUUCCAAGAGGCAAAUCGUAGGCAUGGAUAAAGAGGCAAAGUUGGCUGCAGCGGAUGAAAGGAGAUUUCAGCAACAGAUCAUAGCCCAACAAAAGAAAGACUUAACAUCCUUCUUAGAAAGUCAGAAAAAGCAGUACAAGAUUUGCAAGGAAAAGAUUAAAGAGGCACGUGCACAAGAAAUGAAUGAGGACCAUAGCACGCCCAAGAAAGAAAAACAGGAACGCAUAUCAAAGCAUAAAGAGAACCUCCAGCACACUCAGGCUGAGGAAGAAGCUCAACUCCUUAGCCAACAGAGACUGUACUAUGAGAAAAAUUGCCGACUCUUUAAGAGGAAGAUAAUGAUUAAAAGGCAUGAAGUUGAGCAGCAGCACAUCCGUGAGGAGCUCAAUAAAAAGCGAACCCAGAAAGAAAUGGAGCAUGCCAUGUUAAUCCGGCACGACGAGUCAACUCGGGAGCUGGAGUACCGGCAGCUGCACAUGUUGCAGAAACUUCGGAUGGACCUUAUACGUCUGCAGCAUCAGACUGAACUGGAGAAUCAACUGGAAUACAACAAGCGCAGGGAAAGGGAGUUGCAUCGGAAACAUGUGAUGGAACUCCGGCAGCAACCCAAGAAUCUUAAGGUCAUGGAAAUGCAGAUUAAGAAACAGUUUCAGGACACAUGCAAAGUGCAGACCAAGCAGUACAAGGCCCUGAAGAAUCACCAGCUGGAGGUAUCCCCAAAGUGUGAGCACAAGACAAUACUCAAGUCCCUGAAGGACGAGCAGACACGCAAAUUGGCCAUCCUUGCUGAGCAGUAUGAGCAAAGCAUCAAUGAAAUGAUGGCCUCCCAAGCGUUGCGCUUGGAUGAGGCUCAAGAAGCAGAAUGCCAGGCUCUAAGGCAACAGCUUCAACAGGAAAUGGAGCUGCUCAAUGCCUACCAGAGCAAGAUCAAGAUGCAGACGGAGGCACAGCAUGAGCGUGAACUGCAAAAGUUGGAACAGAGGGUGUCCCUUCGCAGAGCGCACCUGGAACAGAAGAUUGAAGAGGAGUUGGCAGCCCUUCAGAAGGAGCGCAGUGAGAGGAUCAAGCAUCUUUUUGAACGCCAAGAAAGAGAAAUUGAAACCUUCGAUAUGGAAAGUUUACGGAUGGGCUUUGGAAAUCUGGUGACGUUAGAAUAUCCCAAGGAGGACUAUAGAUGAGAGAGGCCAGUUUUUGCCAUUCAAAUAAAAGAACAAUAAUAUUAUUAACAAUGACAGCAAGGAGAACCUGCAAAACGUACAUUCCCCAUUUUAACGGGCGUGCUCUCUCUCUCUCCCUCCCUUUCUCUCUUUUUCGCACCUCCUCUCUCUUUCUCUAUCUAUCUCUGACGUCCGUCGGACACUAGUGCCUGUAAUUCUUUUUACUCACCAGGGUGCCUCUGGGCAAAUCUGAGCACGGAGCAAGCUCCCUGGCAUACCUCUCAAGUGUCCCUGAUUGUCACUCAAAUUUUCAAUCCAUCAGAACAUUGGUGCUUGUUAUACAAACCGAAGAUUCAAACAGCGGGAAGGAGUCUUGAAGUAACAGUUGUGUUUUGUGUCGAAACUCUUCCUUUAUUCAUAACCCCUUUUGUGGAAAGAGAUAACUUGAUUAUUCAAAGUUUUGUCCAUGAUGUUCCUUGGGGAAAAUGGUGAGAGGUAUGUGCUAUUAUCUCAGUGUGAGGAUUAAGAGGUAUGUAUUUCCUAUGCCUCUGUUGGAGGGCUUGUGAGGCUUAUGUGUCUAUUAGCCUGUAUUUGGACGAAGGUGAGAGGUGCGAGUCCCUGGUGUCUUGAGUACUCUGAGGGGUGAAAGCUAUGUGUUCACAGUUCCUCUGCUGGGACUCGCCUAUGUGUCCUGCAGUACAGUGAAAAGUCCUACUUUGUGGAAGAUGGCUGCCCACAAUUUUAGUCUGUUUCAUAACCCAUGAUGCACAACAGUUGUCGAAGUCUGUGAUUAACCCCUUCAGCCCUGAGCCAGUUUAGUGGUGGUGUUUAAGUAAGAUCUAGUUAUGACUUUUACCUUCUUGGCACUUUCAGAAGUUUGGUUAGCAAGAAAACGCCUCUUAUGCUGGGUCAGCAUCCAGUGAAGACAAAAACCUUCCAAUCUUCUAAAGUGCCUCACACUUCAAACUAAAACUCAGGGAUGAAGAGAUUAAUUUAUUGAUGUUCAAUAACACAUUUGAGAGACUAGAGAGAAAAGAGGAGAUAAAACUUAACGACAAACCAACAAAAAUGUGAAUAUCUGUUGGUUCCUACAAACAUUUUGUUCUGUUAAAGUACAAGCAAAAAAAAAUAUAUAUACAAUUUAAUACAUAAAAGAGAGAGAGAAGCAUAAAACUGCAGCCUUAAGGUUACUGCUGCUGCGUUAAACAUUGUUGUUUUUUUGGUAUUUGUUCGUCAGGAAUAAAAAAAAAAAGAAGAGAUUUUAUUAAACUAUUGAGGUUUGAUACAUUUUACAGAAACCAAUCAUGUUGUAUAUAUAUAUAGACAUAUUGUUGGGGGGAGAAGCAGAACUGGGGUGGGGUUGUUUGGGCAGAUGGGGUGGGUAGAAUGUCUUGUGAAAAUAUAUAAUUUUUUUUUUCUUCAUUUUUUUUUCUUUUUUUUCUUUUUUUUUUUAAAUAUUAUUUUGAAAACUUUUGCUGGCAGGAGCAGAAAUUGACUUUGAAUUUUCAAUGCACUUUUGGCUCUAAAUCAGCGGUACUUUCUACUCCAGUCCUGGUUUUCUUAUAUGUAUAUACCAGAUGUAUUCUUUACUGACAUAAGGCAGCUGGGAAAUUAAGACCAAAAUACACUAUUUACUCAAAAGCUUUGGUACCUUAUUGUACCAAAGGGUAACUUUUGCUAAACCUUUGCAAUAUAUUGCUAAUGUAUACCAGGAUGUAAAAAGAAAAAAAUGUUUAUUUACACUGUGUAUCUGGUAAUACAGCAGUUUGAACAUUGGUAAAAAAAAAAAAAUGAUUGUAUUUUUCAACCCUCUCCUCCUAUAGGUUGUAUUUGAGCGUCCUUGCCUAAGCACAGUCAGUUCAUGUGCCUAGGUAUAGACGCGACACUUAUAAAACUGGACUUGAAAAGAGUACUCAAGGCGAAGGUUUACAAUUAUUCCUUCCCUAGUCCUGAUUUAGAUGUUAACUCUUAAUUUUAAAAUAUUAACAAGCUGUGAAUAGAUAUGCCACUACGGCUACAUUUUGUAUAUACCCGAUUCCCACCAUUUUCGUUUUGAUCUAAAGCUUGGUAAGAAUGACCCUAUCUAUUUGAGAGCACUUGUUCAAAACUAGUUUUGGCCCACUGAAUUUUAUUUGGAACUUUCAAAGCUGUGAGGACACGAGGGAUGGAUGUUUGAUGUUUUUGUUUUACUUUUUUUAUACUUCUUUUUUUUUUUUUUCUCAUUUUUCUAUUCUGUUUUGGGAAGGGGCAUUAAAAUUUAAUAGACGAUGGCUGUGAUGUACUGAGUCAGUGUUUCCUCAAAGAGCAGCGUUUUAAAGCAUUCGUAAAAAUGGAUAAAAAAAUAUAAAAAAAUAAAUAAAACAUCUUCUAUAGAGAAAAUAUUUUUGAAGAUGAAAAUAUGUAAAGAAAAUGCUGUUAGACGAUUAAUGUAUUGUAUUUGUUCAAGAGUAUUAUUAAAAAAAAAAAAAGACAAACUUUGCAAAGUAUUUUUGCCACAGAUGAGUUGGAGACUUUAUUACAAUUGUUAACAUUUGAAUCAGAUAAAAAUAUUCAAAGUCUCAAUCAAUAAAAAUUAAUGUUAAUAUU